GCCGCCUCCCCAGCCACCGCACAGGUCCCAGGAAGCAGCGCGGGAGGAGGAGGAAGCGCGGGGGCCCGGCGGCUCCCUGGGUGCAGCGGCACGGCUCCCGCAUGGAGCCCAACGUGCGCUUCUGGAUCACCGAACGUCAAUCUUUUAUUCGGAGAUUUCUUCAGUGGACAGAAUUGUUGGAUCCUACAAAUUUGGUCGUUUCAAUUGAAAAAAUAGAAAAAUCAAGGCAGCUAUUGUUAACAAAUGAAGAUGCAUCCAUGCGUGACUUGGAGGACCAAAGGGUAAAAGACGCUUGGAAGAGAAGUCUCUCAACAGUUCAUCCUGACAACAGCAAACUGAUCCCUGUUCCUUUUCGACCUGCAGCUCUCCUACCUUUCACGGCGCCCAUGAUAUUUUUCUCGAUGCUGUCAGUAAAAAGUCUCAAGUCCCUGAUUUUACCUCAGAUUUCCUUUUAUACCUACACUACAGCGUUCAACAUUGUUAAUGGAAACGCAAGUUAUAAUCGUCGCCUACAUGAGAGUGUGUUACUAGGGACAGGAGUGAUUGCCUCUUCCUCCUUCUUUGGAUUAUUCCCUCGUUUGCUCCAGAUGCGGCUGAAUCACGUUCUGUUGAAAAAAGCCCUUCCCGUCGUCAUUCUCACCCACAUCAGUGCAAUGAAUGUUGUCGCAGCCCGAAGUCUGGAGCCCAUUCGAGGCAUUGAAGUCAUGGAUAAGGAAGGCAAUGUCAUGGGCUAUUCCAGAAAAGCCGGGACAAAGGCCGUUAAAGAUACAGCAACAUCCAGAGUAGUGCUGUUUGGGACCUCAGCUUUCAUCCCUGAAGUCUUCUCGCACUUUUUUGUAAGGACCCAGUUUUUCCGGCAAUAUCCAUGGUCAUUAUGGACCUUCAAGCUGUCUUGUACCGUCUUAGUAAUGGGACUGAUGGUGCCGGUUUCUUUUAGUAUGUUCCCACAAAUUGAACGGAUACAGUGCAGUGAACUUGAAAAGGAAAUUCAGUCCGCAACAGAAGAAACAGAACUCUUCUAUAACAGAGGGGUGUAGGAAUGUGUUGUUUUCGGUGAAUUUGGUUGGUUCCUGCUUGAACACCUUCCUCUCUGCUCGAGGUGUCCGAUUGGAGAACUCUGCGGGAGGUCUGGAACCCGAGGUGUCUGCGCCCACAGGUUGCCUUACAAUUACACAGGCCACGGCCGUUUCAAGGCUGGUGCCUGGGCUUUCGAGCCUGGAUGGAAGAAGGGAAGAGAAAGGAGAGGCCGUCCUGUCUGACCCACCCCCAUGGGGCUGCCGAAAGAACGGCUGAUAGAAGAGUCCAUUUUUAUUUUCUGUGUUCAUCAGCCUCUGAAGGACACUGUGAAAUGACUAAUAAACUUACCAAAAGUUGAGUGUUCGAAAAAAAUCAAGAAGGGUCCACCAUGCCCAGGGCCCGGGCAUUCCACUGGUGGCCCAUCUCAAGGUGAACAGGAACCUCUGGUGAGCACUAAAGGCCUCCGAGCCCCAAAGCCACCCUGUCUCCCUCCUCAGCUUCCUCCCGUUUCGGACUGCUUCACAUCUCUGCCCUCAGCCACCCAUCUCCUCCUCUGCCCCCACCGGUCCGUGACCCUGCCUCCUUCGCGGUGAAAACCAAAAACGACUGGCCGGCAACAGAGCCUCCUGGCACCAAAUCUGCAGGCCUCUUGGCACCGCCCCCCUCCCGGCCCCCAGCCUUCCCGCCUCCUUGCAAGGCCAGCUGUGCCCUCGGCUCUGGGCCCCUCCGGCCGGAUCCCCUCCGGGCCUGGCUCUGCAGUUGCCCGGCCUCCUGGCCUCCUCCCUCCUCUGUAGUCCGUGAGUCACCAGCCUUAUUAGACAAGCAAACAACCUUCGAGAGCCAAA